AUGAAGAAAGUACGGUUCUGCCUCGAAAAAGAGGCACUGGAUGGGAGUUCAGGAGACCAAGCGGUGCUGCCGCUGGUACCAAAGGUGGAGCUGGCGUGUCACAAGAGUGCGGAUGACUGUUGGAUAGCGAUACAUGGGAAAAUAUACAACGUUAGUGGGUACUUGAGCAAACACCCAGGAGGAUCGCAAGUGAUGCUGAAAAUGGCCGGAAAGGACGCCACAGCGCAGUUCGACGACGUAGGACACUCGCUGGAGUCGCUGAUGUUUGACCUGGGGCCCGAAGCGUGCGUCGGAGUACUGAGGCCCUCUUCGAAGCCGCGUCCCACGCGGAGUUCCUCUACCAGCCCAGCAGAGACCAGAUCCGGCCGUUCCUCGCCGCCUCCGGCGAGCACUAACGCCUCUCUCCCAUCUUCAAAGUGGGAGCAGCUACGGAUAUGGCAAAAAACACACAUGCCCCUGGGAGACCAGCGACUGCGUGGGAGCGACGCCCACCCCCACGGUGCACAGAUCGCGCUGCCGGGUGCCAAACUGCGACCAGGACCCCCGCAUUACGACGCUAAAAAUGACGAGCAGGUCUGCCGCUUUUUCAGCACCGCCGGCAUCAGUGCGGUAAUGACCAUCUGCAUAAUUAUACUACUAUACGUCAAACUACGAUGCCCGAGUAUGUUCGAGCGCGUCGUUUCCCACACGCUUCCGGAAGACUUGACUUCCGAGACUUUCGAAAUCCCUGCAUGGUCGAUUUGA